GGUUAUCGCAUUCCUUUUAUUUCAUGGCCUCCUAGCGCUUUUUUCUGUAACAAUAGGUCUGCCUUAGAUCACGCCAGUUUUUUUGACAGUGCUAUUUCUGAUCUGCUUCUUGCGGGUUCCGUUAUCGAAGUCUUUACGCCUCCCACAGUUCUCAAUCCUUUAACGGUAUCCGUUAACUCUGUGGGAAAGCGCCGCCUUAUUCUCGACCUCCGUCACGUCAAUAAGUUUAUUCCUAAAGUUAAGUUUAAAAUGGAGGAUAGUAGGACUUUUCUUAAUUAUGUACACUCGCCAGGUUAUAUGUUUAAAUUCGAUAUGAAGUCUGGGUAUCACCAUGUAAGCAUUCAUGAGGAAUCUCAAACAUUUUUAGGCUUUCAGUGGCCCCUUGGUAGCUUUGUAGAGCCCAGGUUUUUUGUUUUCGCCGUGCUCCCGUUUCGUCUCUCGUCAGCGCCUUACGUGUUCACAAAGGCAUUGGCGCUCCUGGGGCAUACCCUUGGUCUUGUAUUUAGACGACAGCGCCGGAUACCUCCAUGCUUUUUCGGUAGCUCAGAGUACUGCUUCGGCUGUUAGAUCCGAUUUGGCCAACGCAGUCGUGGUCGCCAAUGAGGAGAAAUCUAUUUGGGUUCCUACCCAGGUUUUGGAAUGGUUGGGCAUUGUCUGGGAUCUUUCGUGUGGCCGCAUAAUUAUUCCUCACCGCCGCAUUGUCAAGUUGCUUAUGGCACUCCUAUCACUAAAAUCUGGGUCUCGCUCCGUUAUCCCACGCGUGGUUGCCUCUGUUACAGGGCAAAUUAUUUCCCUCACCCCUGGUUAUGGCAACAUUACACUCCCUAUGUCCCGAUUCCUCCAAUCAUUCGUCAAACUUCAUAGCGGGUGGGAUUGUCCUUUGGAUUUUAGGUCCUAUCAGUUUUUCUCUGAAUGCCUUCAGGAAAUUGAUUUCUGGCUCUCUAACUGUGCCAGACUCAAUGGGAGG